AUGGCUCACUUUUCAUUAUUUGUGCGUUACUGCACAAAUGAUGGGGUAAUAGAGGAAGAUUUUUUAGCAAUUAUAACCAUGAAUGGUCACACAAAAGGAUAUGGUUGUCCAUCAAUGACGGGUGUCAACAAUGGUUUGAUAGCACUGAUUAAGAAGGAAUGGAAUUUGCCAAAUUUACUCUACAUUCACGGCUUACUGCAUCAAAAAAGUAUGGCAUGUCAAAUUUCAAAUACGAAAUUGAAGAAUGUUAUGCAAACGGUUAUAAGCGUUAUAAAUUUCGAAUUGCAAGCUUGUUACAGUGAUGUUCUCCUACAUACCGCCGUCAGAUGGCUAAGCAAAGGAAAAGUGCUGGAACGGUUUGUCAAUUUAAAAUCUGAAAUUAUUUUAUUCUUACAACAAAGUGGCAAAAAUUAUCCUGAACUUGAUGGUGAUGAAUGCCAAACUGCAAUUAUAAAUAUAAAUGAACUCGAAGAUCUGUCUAAUUUUCCGACUGUUGCUAUGCUCCGAUCAGGCUUAACUGUCGCCGAAACUAUUUACCAAAACGUGAAAGAAAAUUUGGAAGCCUAUUUGGAAGAAAUAAAAAACAUAUUUGCAGAUGUUGGAAAUAUUCGAAGCUGUUUCAUUCUCGUAGAGAACCCUUGGCAUGUUGAUCUCAAAUUUUUCUGCCAAUUUGGAUUUCCUAAAACUAACUUGCUAAAUGAAAUAAUCGAACUUCAGCAUGAUACACAGCAUAAGGCUCUGUUUAUAGAACAUCGUGAAACACAACAGAACACUGAAUUUUGCAAAUGUGUGCCUAACAAUUAUAAAAAUUUACAAGACUGUGUACAGUUCAUUUUAACACUGUUUCCUUCAACUUAUCUUUGUGAAGCUUCAUUUUCAAAAAUGAAGUAUCUGGAAAAAAAAUAUUGUAAUCGGUUGUCCAGUCAUUUAGAAGACGCAAUGAGGAUUGCAUGCAGCCCAGACGACACGGAUAUAGACGACAUAGCCAAAAAAGUUCAACACCACAAGCCACAUUAA